AUGGCAUCCUUACGCGAUGCAUCCAUCGACGCCCCAGUGGCAGUCGCCUCGCCACAACACAAACCCUCAUUCUUCCGCUCAAUCCCCUUUCAAAUCGCCAUCGCAUGUGGUGUCUCUUUUACUGCGCCGGGCAUGUGGGAUGCUCUCGGUGGUCUAGGUGCUGGAGGAGCAGCUGAGCCGUACGCUGUAUCAGCAGCUAACGCGCUCGUGUACGGACUUUUCGCAGCAGUGUGUAUUCUGGCUGGUGCCAUUAAUAACAGAAUCGGACUACGAUACGGUCUUGCGCUAGGAGCUAUUGGAUAUCCUAUUUACGGAGCUGGUCUUUACACGAACAAUGUUGCGCCCAAGACUUGGUUUUUGCUGUUUGGAAGUGCGCUUUGUGGUAUCUCGGCUGGUUUCUUCUGGGCAGCUGAAGCAGCCAUUAUUAUUGGAUAUCCCAGUCCUCAAGAUCGUGCUUUUUACCUUGCCAUCUGGCAAUCUGCCAAAGCAGCAGGCCCCAUCGUCGGAGGCGCCAUCAACCUCGGUCUCAACGCCCAAUCCUCCUCCAAAGGCUCCGUCAGCUCGGCAACGUACAUCGUCUUUAUCGUGAUUAUGUGUCUCGGCCUCCCAAUCUCCCUAUUUCUCAGCCCCGCCGAAAAGGUCCAGCGAAAAGACCAAACCCUCGUCGUCGUGCAGAAGCAGCCUACUUGGGCCGCCGAGUUCAAGGCAGUUUUCUCGCUGCUUUGCACAAGGCGUAUGCUUCUUCUGAUCCCUGCGUUCUUCAUCAGCUACUUCUACAACGGCUUCAUGAGCACAUGGUUGACAACUUACUUCACCGUUCGAUCGCGCGCCUUUUCGUCCUUCUUUACCAACUUUUCUGGAAUUAUCAGCUCGUUCCUCAUUGCGGGAUUGUUGGACCGACAGUCGAUCUACAUCAAGACACGAGCCCGAAUUGCUUUCUUGACCAUCAUCACUAUCCUUACUGGUACCUGGAUCUGGGCAACUAUUCUCCAGAAGCAGUUUUACGACGCUGCUGAGCCACCCGUCUUUGACUGGUUUAAGGGUGGAUUUGGCAAGGCAUAUGCUCUCAUCUUCUUCUGGCAGUUCGGUGGCCAAGCUUUCCAGCAGUUCCUGUACUGGCUUAUUGGACAGUACACCACCGAUCUCUCAUCUUUGUCUUACCACUGUGGUAUUCUCCGAGGAUUUGAGGCCUUGGGCCAGACCGUUGCUUGGGCUAUGCAAUCUGAAGGCAAUGCCAACCACUUUGUCAGCAUCGGUCUCAACUUUGGUAUCACUCUUCUCUGCGUCGUGCCUACCUGGAUCGUGUUGUCUGGUCUGGAACACAGUCACGAGAUCAAGGUCACCGCUGGUACGGAUGUAUCAAGAAAAGACCAAGAGGUGGACACCAAGGCAUAA